AUGUUUGACAGCUCGCAGUAUCCCUACAACUGCUUCAACUACGACGCCGACGACUUCCCGGCCGGCAGCUCCGACGAGGAGAAGCGGCUCACGCGGCCCGCGUACAGCUACAUCGCGCUGAUCGCCAUGGCCAUCCAGCAAAGCCCCGCGGGCCGGGUGACCCUGUCCGGCAUCUACGACUUCAUCAUGCGCAGGUUCCCCUACUACCGCGCCAACCAGCGCGCCUGGCAGAACUCCAUCCGCCACAACCUGUCCCUCAACAGCUGCUUCGUCAAGGUGCCGCGGACCGAGGGCCACGAGAAGGGCAAGGGAAACUACUGGACGUUCGCCGGCGGCUGCGAGUCGCUGCUGGACCUCUUCGAGAACGGCAACUACCGGCGGCGGCGCAGGAGACGCGGCCCCAAGCGCGACGGGGCGCGGGCGGCGCGCGCGGGGGGCGCCCAGGGGCCCCCCGGUCCAUCCGAGACGGUCAGUGCGCGGGGAUCCCCCGCCCCCUGCCCGCCCCCGGCCCCCGCCGACCCCGCCGCCCUGGGGAAGCUGGAGCGCAGGGACCUCAAAUUCAGCAUCGACUACAUCCUCUCCGCCCCCAACCCUUUUCCGGCGCUCACAUCGCCACAGCGCACGCAGGAGGGCGGAGACCCCCGACUGGAGGUCCAGCACGUGAACCUCCACUUUUGGACAAUGUGA